GCUUACAUAUAAAGUGAUUGGUAAUGCCACUCUCCACUUAUUGAAAACUGCAGCCUUUUAGCUCCCAACCAAAAACAAAACCAAAAAAUGGCUGAACAACAAGAUCAUCACAAAGAGCUUCAGCUUUUGCCUUCUCCACCGUCGACGGAAUCUCCGGUUAGGAAACUCCGAGCAACAGUUAUAACAACCGAUCACCACCAUUCCUCAUCCAUGAUCCACCAAGAUCUCGACCUCAAACUCUCCAUCAGCCUCAGCACAAUUCCAACGGCGACGGUGGAGCAUCUAAGCGAUGGCGGAGGAGGAGGUGGUGGUGUGGAGGACCUGAAGUGGCAGGCAGCGGAGCAGAUAAGACUAGCGGCGAUAGAGAAAGCUUACGCGGAGAGAGUCAGAGAGCUGACUCGCCGUGAGAUGGAGAUGGCUCAAGCUGAAUUUGCUCGUGCAAGGGUGAUAUGGCAGAAGGCUAGGGAGGGGGUGGAGAGAGCGGAGAGGAUGAAGGAGAGAUCAAUGACAAAGAUCGAUACGACUUGCUUGGAGAUCACUUGCCACUCUUGCAGGCAACGGUUUAGGCCUUAAUUUAUGCAUUUAAUUGUUUCUAUUAACUAUUGUUAUUAUAAACGAAAUUUGAAUACUUGUUUAAUUAGUAUGAUAAAAUAAUUUGGAAAAAGAGAGAAAUUCUUUUGUUUAAAUCAUUUCUUUGUUGUUAUUUUCCCAUAACAAAUUUGUGGCAAAGAGUUUGUGUUCAUUUUCGAGUUUGGUAAUACUUGUCCUUGCUUUUGUUUUCUUGAAAUCGAAGGAAAACUAUAUGUCUAGAUCGAUAAGAUAUUCACUAAACGUUCUCUUGGUUA